AUGGGCAGAGGUCUGGCAGCAGCGCGAGGCGCAACGGAGCAAGCUUGUCGUGGUAUUGGUUACGGCCCUAUACCGUUCGUUCCGGCCGAUGUACAGCGUGAGAUAGCACCUAAAUUGACAGGUAUGCACGGGGUCCCUGACACCGCAAUUGGUUUACACAGUACCCUCAGGCCGUCAAAUAAGUGUGCCACAAGGUCAAACUCUACUUGCGGGUACUAUCAUUUCCAGCGAUCUUACAGGCCGGGUAAAACAGCCAUCGGGCCAGCGAACCGCAAAACAAAAAAAGAAAGGAAAAGAAAAAGAGGCGAGCAAUAUGGCAGACAGGUUGCUUCCCCCGAUAUGCAGCAGAUACAAUAG